UUUCCAUAAUAGUGUUCUGUGACCCGCAAUUCGUCUAACUCUGUGACGUGACGUUUCUAAGUUGACUUGACAUUGAUGUUUGAGACUUUGAAGUUUGAGUCUAGUAUUUGUAAAUCAAUCAUAUAACCUCUCUUUCGGCGGUGCGUGUUGAACGAAGCUCGCCAAGAUGGUGAACAACCGCGUGCCGUCCGUGUUCUCCAAGACUUACGUGACGCCCCGACGUCCGUUCGAGAAAGCUCGACUUGACCAAGAGUUGAAGAUCAUCGGUGAAUAUGGGUUGAGGAACAAGCGCGAGGUGUGGAGGGUCAAGUACACACUGGCUCGUAUCCGUAAGGCUGCGCGUGAGCUGCUCACUUUGGAAGAGAAAGACCCUAAGAGAUUGUUCGAAGGUAAUGCAUUGCUCCGUCGUCUUGUGAGGAUUGGUGUGCUGGAUGAGAAACAGAUGAAGCUUGAUUAUGUGCUCGGUUUGAAAAUUGAAGAUUUCUUGGAACGUCGUCUGCAGACACAGGUGUUCAAGGCUGGUCUAGCCAAGUCUAUCCAUCAUGCCAGAAUCCUCAUCAGGCAAAGACAUAUCCGGUGAAUGUUGGCUGAUGUGUCUGUCUGUCUGUCAUGGGUGAAGUCACAAUAUUUCAUAAAGACCACUUGUUUCUCACUUGUGAGACACAAUGUCUUGAAAUGUAGCUCUUUUUAGAGCCUGAAACAGAGUCCGCAAGCAAGUAGUAAACAUCCCCUCUUUCAUAGUCCGUCUGGACUCUGGUAAGCACAUUGACUUCUCUCUGAAGUCGCCAUUCGGAGGCGGCAGGCCCGGCCGUGUCAAGAGGAAGAACCUUCGCAAGGGACAGGGUGGCGGUGCUACCAAUGACGAGGAGGAAGAUUAAAUAAACAUAGUUUAUUUAAAAA